UUUUAGUAUAACAAGUAGACCAAAACUAUGACAUUUAUUCAGGCAUUUAACGAUGUCGACAGUUUGAUCCCGUAAGCUAAACAUCAAGGCCAGCAAGGAAGUGGUGCAGCUGCGGGCGAUUCUCCUCGCUUGAUGGAAGUUAAAAAGGGCCGGAGACAUUUCACAGAAGAAUGGAGACGGGGAAGAGAGAAGGCCUGACUUGCACUCCGGAUACACAGGUUCACAAACCACCAAGUAUCUUGGCCAUGAAGGAUGAUGCAGCAGGUCCUGGAAGCCCUGAGGUGGAUGAUGUACAGGAGGUGGAGGAGCCUCAGACAGCAGCCACCACUCUGCCGCCAGAAGUGGAGAUCCGUGUUCAGCUUUUUGAUGGGCAGGUCAUCCACAUAACAUCAUCGCCCUUGGAGGAAGCGGGAGCAGGAGAAGGAGAUGACAAGAAAGUGUGUGAGGGUGAGAUGAAGCGAGAUAGUAGCUCCUGUAUGCUGAAUGGAGAGGUGGUGGGAACAGUAAGUGGAGGCACGAUGACCCUCCUCACCAGUAAUGGCAAGACAUACAUUCUGCCCCAACAUUUGACUGCAGCAGAAGGAGGGAGCUACUUGAUAUCGGGGGAGGUGCUCAACACGGAGGAAGUAUUGCAGAGUACUAACGUGCUUCAUGAAGAACAAAUGUUGACCAUCUCGCCACCACCACCACAGUCUGCAAUGGACUUUACCUCCUCUGUUGCUAGCCAUCCUGAUGCCCUUGCCAUUGCAACAAGUGAGGUAUUCAAUGAAGACUAUGUGUCGGUGCCUUUGCAGACCCAAGGACAUCUAGCUGAGCAGUCCAAAACCAUCAGAUUUAAGACAGUGGAUGCAGAAAACCCUCAGGAAAUAAGUAAUAAAAUCUAUGCACAGUCUAGACCAGACUCUCAGAGGAGGAAUUUGCUGAUACCAGAUGCUAGCAUCAUCACAGUCAAUGCUUCAAAUGCUGCCAGCAGUGAUGAGUGGACAGAGAGAGACUCAAGUUUCACCUCUAAAAGAACUGUGAAAAAGAAUAGUGACAGGGAGACAGCAAGUAAGGAGGAGAAUGGCAAUGUUGCAGCACUGUAUUGUAAGGCAAAAGAGGGAAAGGAUGGCAAUGACAAGGUGAGGCAAAUACAGCUGGAUCCAGUGAGCUAUUCUGUCUCCUCAAAGUUAAUAGGCCUGCUGAAUAAUGCCUCCAGUAAGGAAUAUGCAGCUAUACCGAGAGCAUCUCCUGAAGAGGUGAGGACUAAUGAAGUCAGAGUGGGUGAAACAUGUGGUGCCAAAACUACAAGUGAGGAGAAGAAUGAAAGAAGCACACAGUCAUUCAACUCAGACCAUGUUCCAGAGAGCAGCGCUAAGCUUGAUGUGCAGAAGUCAAGAUUACGGCGCUCUUCCCGGAUCAGAAGAGUGAAAAGGAUUACUGAUGAAGUGGAGGAGAGUGAGCUGAUUGAGGAGGCUAGCACUGGGAAGAGACGGAAGGGGAUGAAAGGAGAGGCGCCAGCAGCUCUGUGGGAGUGUGGCAGUUGUGAUGCAAUGUUCAGGACGAAAGUUGGUCGGAACCGCCACAUGAAAGAGGGCCAUGCCUUCACCUGCUACGUGUGUGGCUGGGAGGGUCACAGCAAGACCAAGUAUGAGAUCCACAUCUCCACUGUCCACUGUAACCAGCAGGCUCGCUGCCUCGUCUGCAGGAAAGAUUUUCCUGGGUAUGAGGCAUACAAACAGCACAUGAAGGAGAUGCAUUCCACCACUAUUGUGACCUCCACUUCCACAUCCACCAGUAGCUCCAUUGUUACCACUACAACCACUGCUACUACUACUGCCACCGUUUCCUCUGCCGCCUCUAUUAGUGCUACUGUUGCCAUCAAGAUGGAGGUGGAGUCAGAGGCUCGGUUGGAGGGACAAAUAAAGAAGGAAGACCAGAGUGAUGUUACGGAAGAAAAACAUGAUCCCAUUAAUUCAGAUUUCAGGGAGAUGAAUUCCCGUGGUGAUCAGAGUUGUCCAUAUUGCAGCAAGACCUUUACUCGCCGCAGCCGCUUCCGCAGACACCUCAACUACCACCUGGGCAACAGAACAUUUAUGUGCAAGAUAUGCACCAAAUGUUUUGUGGAGAAGAGUGGCCUUGAUGCACACCUGCUGACUCACUGCCCUAUCAACAAGGAGUGCUCUCAGUGUGGCAAAGUGUUCAAGACAGAGCGCACCAUGACCCGGCACCUCAGGACUCACCUCAACAUGACCUACACGUGUGAUUUCUGCAACAAACAGUUUCGUCACGAGGAGUCACUGCGGGUGCACAAGUCAGUUCACAAGGAAGGGGGGAGUGGAAAUGUGUGCAAUGUGUGUGAGAAGGACUGCAAGACCCCACACUACCUGCAGCUACACAUGAGCACCAAGCACGAGGCCGCCAAGUUCAUGUGCCAGCAGUGCAAUCGCUCCUUCAAGUGGAAGCAAAGUUAUCGGAAGCACAUGGCCAUGCAUCAUGGCGAUGCUUAUCUAAAAUUCAAGUGCAACCUUUGUCCGCGGCACUUCAUGACCAUGUCUGAACUGCGGCUCCACCAGGUGGUCCACAGCACGGAGAAGAAGCACCUGUGUGACGUCUGUGGAAAGGCUUUCAAACACGAGUACACACGGGACAAGCACACCAAGACUGUCCACCGGGAAGACCGAGAGCACAUGUGUCCUCAGUGUGGAACUCUUUUCAAGGCCAAGGCAUACCUGGACCAGCACCUGGCACAUGUACACACCACCAAGGAGAGAGUAGUGUGCAAGUACUGUGGUAAUGACUUCAAGACAGAUGCUAACCUAAGAAGUCACAUCAAGGUGGUACACAAGCAGCGGAGCCCAAAGUACAGCUGCAAGACCUGCCACAAGAUGUUCCUGGCACCCAAAGACCUGCUCAGGCACUCCAAGGUUCACACUGGAGUCAAAGAUUAUGUGUGCCCAAGAUGUCACCGGUGCUUCUCACGCAAGGACAACAUGAUAGCUCACCUGCGCACCCAUACCACAUCGCACCAGGCUCCCGAUCCCAUCUUGGAGUCUGAAGUGGUCAUUGGAGAUGCUGUUGUGUCCCAAGCUGACCACCAAGCUACACCAGCUCAGGAAGUGCCUCAUAUUCUAGGUCUUUCAUCUUCAGAUGCUCCAGAAAUUCCCUCUGUUUCUUCCAGUAACAUCAUUCUGUCCAGUGUUCCUACUACAUCUGGGAACAUUGCCCUGUCAGAGUUCAACCCAGCAAAUAGCAUUGUGCUGUCUGGAGAGUCUUCAUCUCAGACCACAGGACUGGGAACCUCUCCAUCAUCUUGUGUCACCACUAUAAAAGAGACUCCUGUCACACACCAUGCAGCUUCCAUCUCUAGCUUACCUGUAUCUUCCAUGGCAGACAUCACCAGUAUGCCACCAUCGUCCACAGGCAGCAUUAUCUUUUCCACCGUCCCUGUUUCGUCUUUCAACACAGGCAGUGUCUCAUCUUCAUCCAGUUCUACAAUUGUGUCUCGUGGAAGUCUGUCAGGCAGCUUGGCAUACUCCACCUCGAAUAGUAUGUCAGGCAGCAGUACAUCCUCCUCAUCCAGCAACUUGAGUGUUACCAACCCUUCCGCCUCUUCCUCCAUCUUAAAUUUGAGCCCUAGCAGCUCACUAGGUGCCUGCACAACUCACCCAAACCAUCAAACAUACAGCUUUCAUCCUCAGUUAGUUGUUUCCUCAUCUAAUCAAGUUUCUAAUAUAUCUUCUCUUCUCACUGCAUCUCCUGUUCCAUCAAACGUUCUCUCUUUGCCACCAUCUCACUCCACCUCAGGACCAGUCUUUGUGUCCCAGAACAGUCCCAGAACACAGGUCAUGUGCUCCACACUGCAGGGGGAGCAGAUGGUGCUCACUGCUGGUCCACUCACACCCAUCUCCAAAGUGUCUAUACAAGAUGGCAAUUCUCCACAGUACAUGCAGCUUGAUCCACUUAGUGCCUCAGUAUGUCCCACUCCAUCAACAAGCAUGAAUGUGACCAUCAGUCCUCUCAGUACAUCUGUAUCAAGUGGGGUUAGAAAUCCAAGUGGCACUCUAGCAGGGGACAUGCCACUCUCUGCUGACUCCACUCCUCAUGCUCAAUCUGUUGACAUCCCAGACUCUGUGGAGUCAAACAUCAUCCUUCCUACUUCCUCCAUUCUUCAAGAAGCUGCCCUCAUACUUCCAGAAAAGUCUGGCCUAUACACCAUUGUGGGCGGAGGAAGAAAGGUCACCCCUCUGGAGACCCUCACCCUGCAUCCUGUUCCUCCUCCAUCAAGUCACUCAGACUAACUCCUCCGGUGAUCAGGAGCUGUUGCUAUAUGAUGUCAAGCUUCCCAGGAUGAAAGGCCAGAUGCUUCACCUUGGAUCCUUAUGACUGCAGACAACACAUUUUCUCUUAUUCUAAUAAAACCUUAUUUAUAGGAAUUAA